UAUCGUGGGCGACACUUAAAAUUUAAAUCUGCUUGCCGUUCAGUUACUAUUCUACCAAAACCGUAAUUAUUAACGAACGGCAAUAUUUUUUAAAAUACUAAAAGGUGACGUUUAGCAUUAUCCUGUUUAUUGAGGCCUGUUGUGCAGCGUGAACUGUAAUGCUGACAGCAGCGAUAAGUCGCGAGCAUGAUGUUUGCUAUUUUGGUGACGUCUUUUGCAUGUUCAUCGCACUCUGCACUCUGAGGAAGGUUUGUGUAUCAAUGCAGAAAAAUCUCUAACACACGUGUGUUAGUGUCUUUUUAACCCAGUCGAUUGAUGACCGCGUCAGUAAUGACAGCUGUAGCUGCCAAGGACGCUCCCACCUGCUGGCAUCUCUAGCGAGGGAGUCAGAAAAUGUGGGCGGUGUUGACAGAGGGCCGUGUCCACAUGAAACUCCUGACGAGCUGAAGCGAUCAUCCUUUGAUCUCUUCAUCACCUUAGCUUGCGAUAACGUCCAUGUAGCAAAACUUGCAGCGGGGAUAACAACAAAGAAACUGUUUAACAGAUUUACCAGUGGUGCUUUAAAUCACCAUGUCAUCACGUGGCCAGCAGGAGACGAGCAAGCUGCGCCAAAACAUGGAGGAGCAGCUUGAUAGACUGGUGCAGCAACUGUCUGAUUUGGAUGAGUGCAAAGAUGAGAUGGAUAAAGAAGAAUAUGAAGAAACACGCGAUGAGACUUUGGAGCAACUGAAGGAAUUUAAAGGUUCUUUAGAUAAAAUGCUGGAAGGAAAUAUGUCACUUGUGGACCAGUUGGGAGGAAUACAAUUGGCAAUUCAAGCCGCUAUUAGUAAAGCUUUCCAGACUCCAGAGGUAAUACGUCUCUUUGCAAAAAAACAGCCUGGUCAACUCCGACAACGAUUAGCUGAUAUUACACGUGAUGCCAAGAUUGGAAAAAUGGCAAAAGAAGAUGCUACACAGCAGACGGUGGUUCUUACUGCUCUGAAGAAACUGGGAGAUAAAUUGACAAUGGAAGAGGAGGCCUUCAUGGCUGCUAACUCUUCCAGCAGUCUCAAACAGUUUGAGCAAGUUUCUGGUGAACUGGCAUCCGGAGAUAAACUUCUGGCUGUGGCAGGCUCUCAGGUGCAGGCAGCCAGCAAAUAAAUGGCUGUACUAGCAGAAAGACAACUAAAGCAUUUUGUCAUCUGAAGACUGUUUCCUUUGCUAAGGCUCAAGAUCAAGGAUCGAUUAUUCCUGAUCCUGAUCUCAUUAGAAUGUAGAAGUGCAAGAAUCCUAUUUUCCCAUUGAAGAAUAAAAGUAAGAUCAGUUGACUAGAUAGAGAAAUGAGACUACAUAAAUCACACACACACAUAUACACAUAAUCAUGAUCAUCAUGCAAGCAACAUGUUGCUUUGGCUGAAAUCUGACAGGCAGAUUCAUCUCUUUGCAUACUUUUGCAGUGUGUUUACCAUAGUAGCAUUGAAAUGUCAUUGCCAUAGAUGAGCUGUUCAGUAAUGUACUUUUUGCUGUGAUCCAUGGAACAUAAACUCAGCCUGUGUAAUUGCUUAAAGCAUGAUAAAGCUGUCAUGACUUAAAAAUUGCCAGAGUUAAAUUUCAUUUUAAGUUGGAAUACCAAUAUUUUAUAAAUGUGAAUAGUACUUGGACUUUUAAGUACUUCAAAGAGUCUAUGGAAGUUUGUCAGAUUUAACUGGAAAAAUGCUUAUGCACAGUUUGAAUAUACGUGUCUGAGUGAGAGAGAUCUUUAUGAAAGUUUCUUUUGUAUUUGUUUUGACACACUCAAAUAAGAAUGGUAUUUUUAUGACUAUACACAUAUGUGUGCAUAAUGUGUUUAGAAUGUGCUUUGGUCAGAUUAUAUGGUGAGUUAUAUAUAUUUUGACAUAAACACGGCAGGUAUUUUUUUUUAAAGACAAGACUUUAUUGCUCGCUGAAGAUGCCCAUCCAAUCCAAAUAAAUCAGGAGGGAAAAUGAGAAA